GUUUUAUUCGAGAGAUAACAAAUACACAGAUGCUAUUUCAUCGACGGUGACGGCAGUGAUUGAGUAGUGUAACCCUUACGCGGUUGUCAAACUCCAUGGCUUCUUCCUCUUCCCGAUCAACCGGCGCCGGCGCCGGCAAACCAAAGCCGAAAUUAAACUUUUUCGCAAACGCGAUGAAACAAAAGCACAGCUUCAUUCAAUUUUUCGCCAUGACUGGGAUUCUUUUCUUGAGCAUGAGAUCCGUCGGACAAAAGUACAAAAUCCAUGGACUUCAAGAGGAUGUUCAUGAUCUGAGAGAAGAACACAGCUCAGUCACUGAUCGUAUGAACAACAUCAAGCGCUCAUUGCUCGACGAAGCUUCUCGGGAUUCUUCUGGAGUUUUCGCUGCGCGUCUUCGAAGUCUCUUCAAUGAAUAAACGUAUUCUUCUAUAGUGAGUUCUUCUUUGCUAUUUUUGUUUUUCUGUUUGUUAAUUUCGUAAGAAAUUAUUGUAAUCCCCUGUCAAUUUUGUUGUUGUAACUGAUUAUGAAAAUUAGGGUUAUGAAUAAUAGUAAUAGUCUUUUUGUU